AUGGACGACUGGCAGGAUGCCGCCUUCUCGUCGCGACAUAUGCACAAUCGCAAUGGUCGCGGCAGCAAGUCCAAACACACGGCCGCGUUCGAUGUGCGCAAAACAUUUGCAAGCUAUUCAGUAAAAUGUCCAGCAUGGCAGAAAGCUUUAAGUGCCAACGGAGAUGCUCCGCCGGAACAGGAUGCAUCGCUGGAGUUGUAUCGUCUCACCGAAGGUGGCGAGGGUGUCGUUGGCCGACUGUCUUUGCCAGGAGUAUUGCAAGCCUCGGUCAUCUUAGCCGGCAGUCGUGACAGUCUUAGACGAACGAUUGCAGAGGUGGAACCGGAUGAAUCGAACGAAGAGGAAGACGACGGGCACGAUGAUGAGGAAGAAGAGGAGAGCGAUAAUACCGAGCCUGAAUCUCCCGAAAAAACACGCUUCGAGACAUUUGAGAAGAACAGCUUCCGCUCCCCAAAGUUCUGGUUUCGAUGGAGCGGCGAAUUUCUGGAUGCUGCUCAAAGUGUAUCCAGAAAAACUGGCAGCCACGAAACAGAACUAGGAUACAUCGUCUUCGCUGGCAAUGAUUGUCGCAAAUUCAAAGGCACAAUUAACUGUACGAAUCUGAAGUGGAAGAAUGUAGCCAUCACGGGUCACAAGCUUGUAGCACGAUCAACAUCUGAUGCACAGGUUACCUGGGGAAAGGCGGGAGUUCCAAUAUAG